UGCGGAAGUUGAAGAGGAUCCAAGAAUAGUUCAGCUCGCUGUGUGUAAUUUCUAGAGCAGAACCCCGAGUGAAAUGAAACGCCCUAUUGCAGAAUGACACUUGGAUGUCACCCCGGCGAACCCUGCCAAGCUGAAUACGAGCACAUCCAAGGCUGGGGAUUUAAGGCGAUUCACGGGUGGCGCUGCUGGUGAUUUGGGGUGUCCGGGCCGCGGACACAGCCGCGGAGAGCGACAGGCGCCUCGAGGAGCAGGAGCAGCCUCACCAUGCCGAGGUCUUUCCUGGUGAAGAGUAAGAAGGCGCACAGCUACCACCAGCCCCGCUCUCCGGACGAGGACUGCAGCCUGCGCCUGGAGAGCCUCUUGGCUCAGAUCUGUGCAGACAGUAAGAUCCCGGCGGAGACGGGUCUGUGCAGCUCCGGCCUCCGGGACCCGGAGCCCCCCCGGGGCCGCGCCUCCCCGGAAUCCCACCUGAGCGAGGCCGUGGAUGGCGCUUCCGACUCGGCUCCCAGCUGCGAGGGCAGCGUCUGCGACCGAGCGUCGGAGUUCGAGGACUUCUGGAGACCCCCGUCCCCGUCCGUGUCGCCAGCGUCUGAGCGUUCUGUCUGCCCCUCCCUGGAUGAGGCGCCCCCAUUCUCAGUGCCCUUCAAGCCAUAUGCAUGGAGCACCCUGGGCAGCUCUGAGCUGAGGCAUUUGGUGCAGAACUACAGGCCCUGCCCAACCCUGGAGCGUAGCUCAGCCCUGGGGCUCUUCUGUGAGCGGAGCUCGGAGUCUGCCCUCUUUGGUGCAGACUGUGGCUCAGCCCUGAGACUUUAUAGUGACUUCAGCUCCCCUGGGCCGGGACUCUUCGAGCGGCCACCAGCAGCAACAUCCGGCCUCUAUGCAGAGGCCCAGCCUGGGCUGCAGCAGGAGAAAGGCCCAGGUGGGAUCAAGGUGGAGUCAGAGCUUCUGUGCCGCCCACUGCUGAUCAGCACUGGCUCCUACAAGUGCGUCAAGUGCAGCAAGGUCUUCUCCACCCCACAUGGCCUGGAGGUGCAUGUACGCCGCUCGCACAGCGGCACCAGACCCUUUGCCUGUGACAUGUGUGGCAAGACCUUUGGCCAUGCAGUCAGCCUGGAGCAGCACAAGUCUGUGCACUCCCAGGAACGCAGCUUUGAUUGUAAGAUCUGCGGCAAGAGCUUUAAGAGAUCUUCUACCCUUUCCACCCACCUGCUCAUCCACUCGGACACCCGGCCCUACCCCUGUCAGUACUGUGGGAAACGGUUCCACCAGAAAUCUGACAUGAAGAAACACACUUUCAUUCACACAGGUGAGAAGCCCCAUAAGUGCCAGGUGUGUGGGAAAGCCUUCAGCCAGAGCUCAAACCUCAUCACCCAUAGUCGUAAGCACACUGGCUUCAAGCCCUUUGGCUGCGAUCUGUGUGGCAAAGGCUUCCAGAGGAAGGUGGAUUUAAGGAGACAUCGGGAGACACAACAUGGUCUGAAAUGAGACCCAGCUGCGAUACAGAAAGCACCUACAACACUAUGUGAAGAGACUCCCUUGCUUCCCUGAUGGCCCUGAGUCAUGCCCUUUAGCACAGACCCUGGCAUUACGUUUUGGGGAAGGAUCUCAGGGAGGAUAGGAUGGGACACAGCUUUGAAAGUUCAACCAGAAGGACUCUGAAAGUGGAUCUGAAAGGCUGGGCUUUCUCUCUCACAACACUGGAAAAUAAAUGUUUCCAUCUGAAACCUGAAGCUCCAAGUGUGGAUAAGCUAGAAAAUAUCGGUGAGCUGGCAAGUCCUUCACCCAUGAAUCCCUUCAUCUUUUUAUUUUUGAAAUUAACUUGCAGGGAAACAGAGUUUACAUGAUAAACACACUGAGCUGUUAGGUAAUGUUAUGGAAAGUGCUUGCUUUUGUUGAGUUUAACUGUUAAAUAGGUUUAUUGACCAGUCUCUGUCUGGAGGGCUUGUAGUGGAGGAGCUGGACUGAUAUCUUGUGGCUUUCAGCACCAAGGAAUCAGCUUGGGCUUGGUUCUGAUCUCACUUACACGGGUGUAAAUCGGGACUUACACUACUGUAAAACUAAUGUGAGAAGAGAGUCAGGCCCUUGUCUCCUGUCCUUCCAGCUCUCUCUGUCUGUAUAGACAAGGCCUGGCUGGGUGAGUGUGUGUGUGUGUGUUAGGAGUGGGGUUGCUUGUCUGAAAAGGUUGGGAUUUUGCUCUACAUCAGUUGGGGAAGGAGAAGCCUAUGAAGGACUCAACAGGAAAAGCCAAAGCACAGAGUAAUGCCUUAUAACUAGGAACUCCUGAGAACAACAGAUUGCCCCUGACUGAAAAGAACAGGACCAAAUAGCAGGCACAGGCUUUCUGUCCAGAAUGACCACCAGCACCAGCACUCUGGGUUUGAUUAUAAAUAACUGGGAAGUAGCUAACAAGUUACUGAUAGACUUGUUUGUAUAUUAGGGUUUUUUAUUUUUAUUUUUAAAUGCUGCCAUGCCGAGGCUGGGCAGGAAUAAUUAUGAACGUGUAAUUGAUUGAAUUUGCCUUAAAUGACCCUGUGUGUACCUCAGUGGAAAAAUAUGCUGUUUUUACUUUGUUGGCAGGAUUGUAAAUGUCUUUAUUUAGAUUUUAUGGAGUGUCUUAUGUUUAUUGAUACAUAUUUAUUGGAAUAAUGUUUUAAAUUAAUAAAGU